UGUACAGGGCCAACAUGAAGGUGGAAACAAAAGAAAGGGAUGCGCAGAUGCACAGUCCAGGAAUUGUUACGGCAAACCUUUCUGGAGAGCUCUACAAUGAAUUAGUAAAAAGUUACUUUGAAGGUAAUCUAACAGGAAAUGCAACUACAGGGGGCUUUAAGAUCAGUUACUUUCUCAAUCAGUCCAUAAACAUCCUUACCGUGCUCAUGCUCCUUGUCACGAUGGUGUCCCUGGGCUGUACAAUGAAAGUUUCAAAAAUCAAGAACCAUUUACUGAAGCCUAAAGGAGUGGCCAUUGCUCUGGUGGCCCAGUUCUGCAUCAUGCCUGUAACAGCCUUCAGUCUGGCAAAGAUUCUGCAAAUGGAUUCAAUUAAAGCAGUGACCGUCCUUAUCUGUGGCUGCUGUCCUGGGGGAACAUUAUCUAAUAUCUUCUCCUUGGCUCUAAAAGGUGACAUGAACCUCAGCAUUGUGAUGACAACUUGUUCCUCUAUUGCGGCUUUGGGUAUGAUGCCCUUGCUGCUGUUUGUCUUCUGCCAAGGCUUUUCUGGACUAGAAAAUGCUGUACCUUAUGGUGGAAUCACAACCACAUUGGUAUUAACGCUUGUUCCUUGUACUGCUGGCAUUCUCAUAAAUUAUUACACGCCAAAAUAUGCUCCAGUUGUAACCAAGACAGGUCUUGUUGUGCUGGUUGUGUGUACUAUUUUGGUGUCAGUUCUGUCUGGCAUGGCUGUCAGAGGUGUGAUGUGGAUGAUCUUCAUGCCAGAUGUUCUGGCUGCGGCUGCGCUCAUGCCCCUGACAGGCUUUACUCUGGGAUAUGUCAUGUCAGCUGUGUCCCAGCUCGAUGCUCAAUGCUGUAGGACCAUUUCCAUGGAGACUGGUUGUCAAAAUAUCCAGUUGUGCACAGCCAUAUUAAAAGUGGCCUUUCCCCCUGAGGUCAUUGGUCCAAUGUUUCUCUUCCCACUUGUUUACAUCAUGUUCCAGUGUGGUGAGGCCCUGCUUCUGACCUUAUGCUUCAGAUGUUACCAGACUAUCAAAACACCAGCAGAGGGUACGGCCCCAUACAACUGUGUUCAUGUUAAACAAGAGGAAAUCAAACAGCCCUAAGUUUGAC